AUGCUGCGGCGGCGCGACUACUGCGCGGCGGCCGAGCUGGGGGGCCGCGUGUACGUGGCGGGAGGUUGUUGCUUCGAGUCCGCCGACGUGGAGCCAGAGGACAUCGACAGCGACGCGGGUGGCCGCGUCGUGCGGCGAGAGCCGGCGCCCGCCGAGCUGCGCCUCGAGAGGGCGCCCCCGCCGCCGGCCGAGCCGCGGGACUGCGGCGACGGUGCGGCCGCGGCGGCGGCGGGCGGCGCUUGGGAUCGCCUCGCGCGUGCGCUGGAGUCUGCGGGCGGCUCCGCGGACGGCGGCGUGCUGGCGCUGCGGCAGCGGGCGGACGGCUGCCGCGGGCUGUGCCUGGCGGUGCGCGGUGCGGACCGUGCGGUGCGCACCGCCGAGAAGCUGCCGCCGGCACUCGCUCGGAGGACCCAUCGGCCCUCCGCGGCGCGCGCCCUUCGGGACGGCGAGCUGCUGCUCCGCGUGCCCGCGGCGGCAUGCUGGUCCGUGGGCGCGGCGCGCGGGCGCCUGGCGCCCUUUGCUGCCGCGGGCGGGCUCAUGCUCGAGGUCGCCGGCGUGCCGCGCCUGGAGGACGAUUCGAGGAAGAGAAAACGCCUUGUGAGAAUUCAGCGGUUCGAGGACGAUUCGAUCCACGAUUCGAGGAAGAUUGGCGACGAGAGGGCCGCGCACCUGGCGCUGUUGCCCGGCAGCGCUGGGGCGGCCAGCGCUGCGCGGCGGAGGGCCCGCGGGGAGGCCGCCGAGUGGCCCGCGGAGCCAGACGUACCCGUGCGGUGGCCGCCGAGCCAGAUCGCGUCGCUGCUGAAGGGCACGGAGGCUGCGGAGGCCGUGGAGGUGCUGCGGCGCAGGGCGCUCAGGGAGUGGAGGCUGCUGUGGAGGCGCGUCUUCUCGAGGCUCCCUGGCUUCUUCGACCCCCGCGCGUUCUGCCUGGAGCUCUUCCUGUGGGCGUGGGCGGUGGUCUGCAGCCGGGCGGUGGAGUUUCCGGCGGGCGACGCGGCAGCCGGCCCGGGCGGGUGCGGGCGGCACGUGCUGCUGGUCCCCGUGCUCGACAUGCUCAACCAUGACGCGUCCGCGCCGCCGCGCGCGCCUGCCGGCGCCAGCGCCGACGGGCGAGGCGAGCGGCUGUUCGCGCUGGCGCCCGGCGGCUGCGUGGAGUUCCGGGCCGACCGUGAGUAUCAGGAGAAGAGAAAGCUCGAGGCCUCAUCGAUUCGGGAAGCCUCAAACAGCGGCGCGCCCCCCUGA